CAGAUUCAGGAUGUCACAACAACUGAAAUAAUGUCCACAACAGAUUUAAACUAUUUAUACUCCAGUGGAGACUAUUGGUACGACGGAGAUGAUCCAGACGGCCUUGAAAUUUUCAUAUCGUGUUGGAAUGUAACCAAGAAGAAAGCAGACCGCAUGUGUGCAAAUGAAUACCGUGACGAUAUGAGGCCCUUCUUUCCUACUAGUGAAAGAAUGUUGCAAACCAUUGUCGAUGCAUUGCCCGAAACCUGCGCCAUGGGGGAUAGUGAUGGAGACUCCAUCUGGUUGUGGCUUCAUUGUCAGAAUUCUACCCACGAUCUUGUUAUUGAGAACACUGACACAAUUCUUGAAAUGAUGAAGAUGAUCACGAAUUUGGUCUAUUUUGUCGAUGUUGGAGACGUCGAUUCGAGCCUGCAGGACACACUGGAGAUGUACAUGUAUGACUCGGUGUUUAUUAAAAACAUAGUGACGAUUUCUAACCUCGAAGAAAGAUGUCUCCAGAUGAAAAUGUCUCACAUAAAUGGAUACUUCUGGUACCAGUUCAGAGGAGCUAACUGUGAGAACGAAACUGCUUAUGCAGUUUGCUUUAAAGUCGGAACUCACUAG